UACGCUAUCACAAUUCCGUCCAACCGCCAGUCAUCAUUAAGAAGCCGGCACUCGCGGACGUGUUAUGUUUGAAUAGACACUGAAUAUGAAGCAAUAUAUUUAUCGGUUUGUCGUAACGAACGCGUUAACGCUGUUUUACGGCUUUCUAACUUUAGUGAUCUUUCUUUGGAAUUAUGUAAGGAACCCGUUCCGAAAUCCAUGGGAGCAGAAGUUGAGGCUUGUCCCGCCCGCGCCUCUAUCCGACCCCAAGUAUGGAAUUCACAAGAAUAUCAAAGUUAAUGGCAUUAAACUACAUUACGUUGAAAGCGGCGACCCUUCGAAACCUUUAAUGAUUUUUCUACAUGGUUUUCCUGAAUUCUGGUAUUCAUGGAGAUACCAAAUUUUGGAAUUUAAGAAAGAUUAUUGGUGCAUAGCCGUUGACAUGCGAGGAUACGGAGAUUCCGAAAGAGUUGAAGAUGUCUCCGCCUACAAGUUAAAUCUGCUCAUUGACGACAUCAAAUAUUUAGUUAAGGAGCUGGGUCGUGAGAAGUGCAUUUUAGUCUCGCAUGACUGGGGAGGUGCGAUAGCGAAUGCUAUACGAAAUGCGUACCCCGAAAUAGUCAGCGCACUGAUUAUGUUAGCCAGCAUGUCAACCGCAGCUUCUAUCCACGAAAUAUGGAACAAUUCAAAGCAGUUCUUAAUGUCUUGGUACUUUUUCCUGUUUCGUCUACCUUGGCUGCCAGAGCAGUUUGUCUCAAUGAACGACCUUGAGAUACAUGAUAAGAUAUUACUUGUUCCUGGCAACACGUAUGUCGACAAGCAAGAUGUCGAGUGUUACAAGUACUGGUUUUGUAAGCCUUAUGCUCUGACUCCACCCAUUAAUUACUACCGUGCCAACUUCGAUUAUGUCGCAAAUGAUAAAUAUUACAAAGAUAAUGUUCCAAUGCUAGUCGUACACGCUGCCAAAGAUUUGUACAUCAACAAAACAGUUCUGGAAGCUAUGAAGAAACAAUACGAAUACAUCGAAACUGUAAUAGUCGACGGUGUCGGACAUGCACUACAGCAACACGAUCCAGACAGAAUCAAUAAAAUAAUUCGAGAUUUUCUAGCCAAGAACAAUCUAUAAAUGUCUGAUUCAAUUUGUAAUGAAGAACAUGUUUUACAAAUUGUGACAUUUUUAUACUGCAAAAUAAACAGUAUUGAUGCGCAAAAAUAAAUAAAUAUAAGUUUAAAUUGUA